AUGGUUGGCCAUAAACCACUGUACCAUGACUUGAACAUAAAAUCUACAGAGGCAACUACAACAACUUCAAGCACAACAGCUUCAAGCACCACAUCAGUUCCCACAUCAACGACAAUAGAAACAACUACAGGCAGCACAAGUGGAUCUACAACAGAACCUACCACCACCUUCACGACCACACCACUUACAACCACUGAAACUACUGUACCAUCCUCAAGUACAGAGCCAACUCCAAUAGCAUCCAAUGCGACAUCAGUUCCCACGACAACAACAAUAGAAACAACUACAGGCAGCACCAGUGCAACUACAACAGAAGCUACCACCACCUUCACGACCACACCACUUACAAACACUGAUAUAGUGGAACCCCCGAUAGUACCAGUUACGGUAAAACCAAAUGAAAAAGAUCGGAUGAAACUAUUUAACGUCACCUUCAAUGUGUUCAAACUGCCAUUCACACCAAAGGUUGAAUCUUUGAAGAAAAACAACAAAGUGCUAGAUCCAGCAAGUGAUGGCAAUACUACAGUGGAGGCAAUCUGUGUCUUCAAAAUCCUUAUUUCAAGCCAACGAGUUGAUGAAGUUCAGAUUUACCAUGCAUUUCAGAACGACACAGAAGACAUCACCACUUUGGGGUCAUAUUCAUUAGAUAACAACAGCCUAUUUGUGAAUGGUUACCAUGAACCAAGACCUACAGCCACGAUAUUACCAAUACAGACCACAACUCCAAAUAUGCAAACAAAUCCCCUUGAUUUUAACGUGACCUUCGUUGUAACAAACUUGACCUCAGCAGCAGAUUUACAAGAUCCCAAUUCAGCAUUGUUCAACUCUACAGCAAGUGUUAUUGUUUUGCAGCUGAACCAACUGUUUCGCAGCAGUAAUGUUAACAAAACCUUCUUCAGCUGCAAAGUUCUUUCAUUCAGCACCGCAGCCACACAAGGCACCAGAGUUCAUGCAAACUGCACCUUCACAAUUGACUCUGAUCCCCAGGAUGUUAACAGGGUUAGAUUGUACCGUGUGUUCAGAGACCUGUCUAAUAACAUCACCACUCUAGGACCAUAUUCUCUGGAUAGUAACAGCCUCUACGUGAACGGUUACAAUGAACCAUCACCUACAACCACGAUAUCACCAAUACAGACCACAACUCCAAAUAUGCAAACAAAUCCUUUUGAUUUUAACGUGACCUUCGUUGUAACAAACUUGACCUCAGCAGCAGAUUUACAAGAUCCCAAUUCAGCAUUGUUCAACUCUACAGCAAGUGUUAUUGUUUUGCAGCUGAACCAACUGUUUCGCAGCAGUAAUGUUAACAAAACCUUCUUCAGCUGCAAAGUUCUUUCAUUCAGCACCGCAGCCACACAAGGCACCAGAGUUCAUGCAAACUGCACCUUCACAAUUGACUCUGAUCCCCAGGAUGUUAACAGGGUUAGAUUGUACCGUGUGUUCAGAGACCUGUCUAAUAACAUCACCACUCUAGGACCAUAUUCUCUGGAUAGUAACAGCCUCUACGUGAACGGUUACAAUGAACCAUCACCUACAACCACGAUAUCACCAAUACAGACCACAACUCCAAAUAUGCAAACAAAUCCUUUUGAUUUUAACGUGACCUUCGUUGUAACAAACUUGACCUCAGCAGCAGAUUUACAAGAUCCCAAUUCAGCAUUGUUCAACUCUACAGCAAGUGUUAUUGUUUUGCAGCUGAACCAACUGUUUCGCAGCAGUAAUGUUAACAAAACCUUCUUCAGCUGCAAAGUUCUUUCAUUCAGCACCGCAGCCACACAAGGCACCAGAGUUCAUGCAAACUGCACCUUCACAAUUGACUCUGAUCCCCAGGAUGUUAACAGGGUUAGAUUGUACCGUGUGUUCAGAGACCUGUCUAAUAACAUCACCACUCUAGGACCAUAUUCUCUGGAUAGUAACAGCCUCUACGUGAACGGUUACAAUGAACCAUCACCUACAACCACGAUAUCACCAAUACAGACCACAACUCCAAAUAUGCAAACAAAUCCUUUUGAUUUUAACGUGACCUUCGUUGUAACAAACUUGACCUCAGCAGCAGAUUUACAAGAUCCCAAUUCAGCAUUGUUCAACUCUACAGCAAGUGUUAUUGUUUUGCAGCUGAACCAACUGUUUCGCAGCAGUAAUGUUAACAAAACCUUCUUCAGCUGCAAAGUUCUUUCAUUCAGCACCGCAGCCACACAAGGCACCAGAGUUCAUGCAAACUGCACCUUCACAAUUGACUCUGAUCCCCAGGAUGUUAACAGGGUUAGAUUGUACCGUGUGUUCAGAGACCUGUCUAAUAACAUCACCACUCUAGGACCAUAUUCUCUGGACAGUAACAGCCUCUACGUGAACGGUUACAAUGAACCAUCACCUACAACCACGAUAUCACCAAUACAGACCACAACUCCAAAUAUGCAAACAAAUCCUUUUGAUUUUAACGUGACCUUCGUUGUAACAAACUUGACCUCAGCAGCAGAUUUACAAGAUCCCAAUUCAGCAUUGUUCAACUCUACAGCAAGUGUUAUUGUUUUGCAGCUGAACCAACUGUUUCGCAGCAGUAAUGUUAACAAAACCUUCUUCAGCUGCAAAGUUCUUUCAUUCAGCACCGCAGCCACACAAGGCACCAGAGUUCAUGCAAACUGCACCUUCACAAUUGACUCUGAUCCCCAGGAUGUUAACAGGGUUAGAUUGUACCGUGUGUUCAGAGACCUGUCUAAUAACAUCACCACUCUAGGACCAUAUUCUCUGGACAGUAACAGCCUCUACGUGAACGGUUACAAUGAACCAUCACCUACAACCACGAUAUCACCAAUACAGACCACAACUCCAAAUAUGCAAACAAAUCCUUUUGAUUUUAACGUGACCUUCGUUGUAACAAACUUGACCUCAGCAGCAGAUUUACAAGAUCCCAAUUCAGCAUUGUUCAACUCUACAGCAAGUGUUAUUGUUUUGCAGCUGAACCAACUGUUUCGCAGCAGUAAUGUUAACAAAACCUUCUUCAGCUGCAAAGUUCUUUCAUUCAGCACCGCAGCCACACAAGGCACCAGAGUUCAUGCAAACUGCACCUUCACAAUUGACUCUGAUCCCCAGGAUGUUAACAGGGUUAGAUUGUACCGUGUGUUCAGAGACCUGUCUAAUAACAUCACCACUCUAGGACCAUAUUCUCUGGACAGUAACAGCCUCUACGUGAACGGUUACAAUGAACCAUCACCUACAACCACGAUAUCACCAAUACAGACCACAACUCCAAAUAUGCAAACAAAUCCUUUUGAUUUUAACGUGACCUUCGUUGUAACAAACUUGACCUCAGCAGCAGAUUUACAAGAUCCCAAUUCAGCAUUGUUCAACUCUACAGCAAGUGUUAUUGUUUUGCAGCUGAACCAACUGUUUCGCAGCAGUAAUGUUAACAAAACCUUCUUCAGCUGCAAAGUUCUUUCAUUCAGCACCGCAGCCACACAAGGCACCAGAGUUCAUGCAAACUGCACCUUCACAAUUGACUCUGAUCCCCAGGAUGUUAACAGGGUUAGAUUGUACCGUGUGUUCAGAGACCUGUCUAAUAACAUCACCACUCUAGGACCAUAUUCUCUGGACAGUAACAGCCUCUACGUGAACGGUUACAAUGAACCAUCACCUACAACCACGAUAUCACCAAUACAGACCACAACUCCAAAUAUGCAAACAAAUCCUUUUGAUUUUAACGUGACCUUCGUUGUAACAAACUUGACCUCAGCAGCAGAUUUACAAGAUCCCAAUUCAGCAUUGUUCAACUCUACAGCAAGUGUUAUUGUUUUGCAGCUGAACCAACUGUUUCGCAGCAGUAAUGUUAACAAAACCUUCUUCAGCUGCAAAGUUCUUUCAUUCAGCACCGCAGCCACACAAGGCACCAGAGUUCAUGCAAACUGCACCUUCACAAUUGACUCUGAUCCCCAGGAUGUUAACAGGGUUAGAUUGUACCGUGUGUUCAGAGACCUGUCUAAUAACAUCACCACUCUAGGACCAUAUUCUCUGGACAGUAACAGCCUCUACGUGAACGGUUACAAUGAACCAUCACCUACAACCACGAUAUCACCAAUACAGACCACAACUCCAAAUAUGCAAACAAAUCCUUUUGAUUUUAACGUGACCUUCGUUGUAACAAACUUGACCUCAGCAGCAGAUUUACAAGAUCCCAAUUCAGCAUUGUUCAACUCUACAGCAAGUGUUAUUGUUUUGCAGCUGAACCAACUGUUUCGCAGCAGUAAUGUUAACAAAACCUUCUUCAGCUGCAAAGUUCUUUCAUUCAGCACCGCAGCCACACAAGGCACCAGAGUUCAUGCAAACUGCACCUUCACAAUUGACUCUGAUCCCCAGGAUGUUAACAGGGUUAGAUUGUACCGUGUGUUCAGAGACCUGUCUAAUAACAUCACCACUCUAGGACCAUAUUCUCUGGACAGUAACAGCCUCUACGUGAACGGUUACAAUGAACCAUCACCUACAACCACGAUAUCACCAAUACAGACCACAACUCCAAAUAUGCAAACAAAUCCUUUUGAUUUUAACGUGACCUUCGUUGUAACAAACUUGACCUCAGCAGCAGAUUUACAAGAUCCCAAUUCAGCAUUGUUCAACUCUACAGCAAGUGUUAUUGUUUUGCAGCGAUAUCACCAAUACAGACCACAACUCCAAAUAUGCAAACAAAAUCCUUUUGAUUUUAACGUGACCUUCGUUGUAACAAACUUGACCUCAGCAGCAGAUUUACAAGAUCCCAAUUCAGCAUUGUUCAACUCUACAGCAAGUGUUAUUGUUUUGCAGCUGAACCAACUGUUUCGCAGCAGUAAUGUUAACAAAACCUUCUUCAGCUGCAAAGUUCUUUCAUUCAGCACCGCAGCCACACAAGGCACCAGAGUUCAUGCAAACUGCACCUUCACAAUUGACUCUGAUCCCCAGGAUGUUAACAGGGUUAGAUUGUACCGUGUGUUCAGAGACCUGUCUAAUAACAUCACCACUCUAGGACCAUAUUCUCUGGACAGUAACAGCCUCUACGUGAACGGUUACAAUGAACCAUCACCUACAACCACGAUAUCACCAAUACAGACCACAACUCCAAAUAUGCAAACAAAUCCUUUUGAUUUUAACGUGACCUUCGUUGUAACAAACUUGACCUCAGCAGCAGAUUUACAAGAUCCCAAUUCAGCAUUGUUCAACUCUACAGCAAGUGUUAUUGUUUUGCAGCUGAACCAACUGUUUCGCAGCAGUAAUGUUAACAAAACCUUCUUCAGCUGCAAAGUUCUUUCAUUCAGCACCGCAGCCACACAAGGCACCAGAGUUCAUGCAAACUGCACCUUCACAAUUGACUCUGAUCCCCAGGAUGUUAACAGGGUUAGAUUGUACCGUGUGUUCAGAGACCUGUCUAAUAACAUCACCACUCUAGGACCAUAUUCUCUGGAUAGUAACAGCCUCUACGUGAACGGUUACAAUGAACCAUCACCUACAACCACGAUAUCACCAAUACAGACCACAACUCCAAAUAUGCAAACAAAUCCUUUUGAUUUUAACGUGACCUUCGUUGUAACAAACUUGACCUCAGCAGCAGAUUUACAAGAUCCCAAUUCAGCAUUGUUCAACUCUACAGCAAGUGUUAUUGUUUUGCAGCUGAACCAACUGUUUCGCAGCAGUAAUGUUAACAAAACCUUCUUCAGCUGCAAAGUUCUUUCAUUCAGCACCGCAGCCACACAAGGCACCAGAGUUCAUGCAAACUGCACCUUCACAAUUGACUCUGAUCCCCAGGAUGUUAACAGGGUUAGAUUGUACCGUGUGUUCAGAGACCUGUCUAAUAACAUCACCACUCUAGGACCAUAUUCUCUGGACAGUAACAGCCUCUACGUGAACGGUUACAAUGAACCAUCACCUACAACCACGAUAUCACCAAUACAGACCACAACUCCAAAUAUGCAAACAAAUCCUUUUGAUUUUAACGUGACCUUCGUUGUAACAAACUUGACCUCAGCAGCAGAUUUACAAGAUCCCAAUUCAGCAUUGUUCAACUCUACAGCAAGUGUUAUUGUUUUGCAGCUGAACCAACUGUUUCGCAGCAGUAAUGUUAACAAAACCUUCUUCAGCUGCAAAGUUCUUUCAUUCAGCACCGCAGCCACACAAGGCACCAGAGUUCAUGCAAACUGCACCUUCACAAUUGACUCUGAUCCCCAGGAUGUUAACAGGGUUAGAUUGUACCGUGUGUUCAGAGACCUGUCUAAUAACAUCACCACUCUAGGACCAUAUUCUCUGGAUAGUAACAGCCUCUACGUGAACGGUUACAAUGAACCAUCACCUACAACCACGAUAUCACCAAUACAGACCACAACUCCAAAUAUGCAAACAAAUCCUUUUGAUUUUAACGUGACCUUCGUUGUAACAAACUUGACCUCAGCAGCAGAUUUACAAGAUCCCAAUUCAGCAUUGUUCAACUCUACAGCAAGUGUUAUUGUUUUGCAGCUGAACCAACUGUUUCGCAGCAGUAAUGUUAACAAAACCUUCUUCAGCUGCAAAGUUCUUUCAUUCAGCACCGCAGCCACACAAGGCACCAGAGUCCAUGCAAACUGCACCUUCACAAUUGACUCUGAUCCCCAGGAUGUUAACAGGGUUAGAUUGUACCGUGUGUUCAGAGACCUGUCUAAUAACAUCACCACUCUAGGACCAUAUUCUCUGGAUAGUAACAGCCUCUACGUGAACGGUUACAAUGAACCAUCACCUACAACCACGAUAUCACCAAUACAGACCACAACUCCAAAUAUGCAAACAAAUCCUUUUGAUUUUAACGUGACCUUCGUUGUAACAAACUUGACCUCAGCAGCAGAUUUACAAGAUCCCAAUUCAGCAUUGUUCAACUCUACAGCAAGUGUUAUUGUUUUGCAGCUGAACCAACUGUUUCGCAGCAGUAAUGUUAACAAAACCUUCUUCAGCUGCAAAGUUCUUUCAUUCAGCACCGCAGCCACACAAGGCACCAGAGUUCAUGCAAACUGCACCUUCACAAUUGACUCUGAUCCCCAGGAUGUUAACAGGGUUAGAUUGUACCGUGUGUUCAGAGACCUGUCUAAUAACAUCACCACUCUAGGACCAUAUUCUCUGGAUAGUAACAGCCUCUACGUGAACGGUUACAAUGAACCAUCACCUACAACCACGAUAUCACCAAUACAGACCACAACUCCAAAUAUGCAAACAAAUCCUUUUGAUUUUAACGUGACCUUCGUUGUAACAAACUUGACCUCAGCAGCAGAUUUACAAGAUCCCAAUUCAGCAUUGUUCAACUCUACAGCAAGUGUUAUUGUUUUGCAGCUGAACCAACUGUUUCGCAGCAGUAAUGUUAACAAAACCUUCUUCAGCUGCAAAGUUCUUUCAUUCAGCACCGCAGCCACACAAGGCACCAGAGUCCAUGCAAACUGCACCUUCACAAUUGACUCUGAUCCCCAGGAUGUUAACAGGGUUAGAUUGUACCGUGUGUUCAGAGACCUGUCUAAUAACAUCACCACUCUAGGACCAUAUUCUCUGGAUAGUAACAGCCUCUACGUGAACGGUUACAAUGAACCAUCACCUACAACCACGAUAUCACCAAUACAGACCACAACUCCAAAUAUGCAAACAAAUCCUUUUGAUUUUAACGUGACCUUCGUUGUAACAAACUUGACCUCAGCAGCAGAUUUACAAGAUCCCAAUUCAGCAUUGUUCAACUCUACAGCAAGUGUUAUUGUUUUGCAGCUGAACCAACUGUUUCGCAGCAGUAAUGUUAACAAAACCUUCUUCAGCUGCAAAGUUCUUUCAUUCAGCACCGCAGCCACACAAGGCACCAGAGUUCAUGCAAACUGCACCUUCACAAUUGACUCUGAUCCCCAGGAUGUUAACAGGGUUAGAUUGUACCGUGUGUUCAGAGACCUGUCUAAUAACAUCACCACUCUAGGACCAUAUUCUCUGGACAGUAACAGCCUCUACGUGAACGGUUACAAUGAACCAUCACCUACAACCACGAUAUCACCAAUACAGACCACAACUCCAAAUAUGCAAACAAAUCCCCUUGAUUUUAACGUGACCUUCGUUGUAACAAACUUGACCUCAGCAGCAGAUUUACAAGAUCCCAAUUCAGCAUUGUUCAACUCUACAGCAAGUGUUAUUGUUUUGCAGCUGAACCAACUGUUUCGCAACAGUAAUGUCAACAAAACCUUCUCUAGCUGCAGAGUUCUCUCAUUCAGCCCCUCAGCUGCACAAGGCACAAGAGUGCAUGCAAACUGCACCUUCACAAGUGAUUCUGAUCCCCUGGAUGUUAAUAGAGUUAGAUUGUACCGUGUGUUCAGAGACCUGUCUAAUGACAUCACCGCUUUAGGACCAUAUUCAUUGGACAGCAACAGCCUCUAUGUGAACGGUUACCACGAAUCACCUGUAACCUUGGAACCACCCAUAGUACCAGUUACGGUUAAACCAGUUGAUGAAAUGAAGAGAAAACUAUUUAACGUCACCUUCAAUGUGCUCACAUUGCCAUUCACACCAAGUCUACAAAAUAUCAGUUCCCCAGCCUAUGUCAGUGAAUCUGCAGUCAUUAUUGAUCAGCUGAAUAGUCUGUUUGCCAAUAGCAGGAUAAACCCAACAUUCUCAAGAUGUCAGUCUGUAACUUUCCGACCUACAAGUGACGGUAAUACUACAGUGGAGGCAAUCUGUAUCUUCAAAAUCCUAACUUCAGGCCAAGUUGAUGAAGUUCAAGUUUACCAUGAAUUUCAGAACAAAACAGAAGACAUCACUACCUUGGGACCAUAUUCAUUGGACACCAACAGCCUGUUUGUGAAUGGUUACCAUGAGCCAGCAGCUUUAACCACAACACCGCCAAUGCAGACCACAACUCCAAAUUUGCAAACAAAUCUCGAAUUUAAUGUGACCUUCAUUGCAACUAACUUGGCUCCAGCAGCAGAGUUACAAGAUCCCAAUUCAGCAUUGUUCAAGUCUGCAGCAAGUAUUGUUACUUUACAGCUAAGCCAACUGUUUAGCAGCAGCAAGAUCAACAAAACCUUCUCCAGCUGCAGAGUUCUCUCAUUCAGCCCAGCAAACUCACAAAGUACCAGAGUGCAUGCUAACUGCACUUUCAGUAAUGACUCUGAUCCUCAGGAAGUUAACAGAGUUGGAGUGUAUCGUGUAUUCAGUGACAAGACAAAUGGCAUCACCUCCUUACAACCAUAUAUGUUGGACAGUAACAGCCUCUACGUGAAUGGUUACCAUGAGCCAGCAGCUUUAACCACAACACCGCCAAUGCAGACCACAACUCCAAAUUUGCAAACAAAUCUCGAAUUUAAUGUGACCUUCAUUGCAACUAACUUGGCUCCAGCAGCAGAGUUACAAGAUCCCAAUUCAGCAUUGUUCAAGUCUGCAGCAAGUAUUGUUACUUUACAGCUAAGCCAACUGUUUAGCAGCAGCAAGAUCAACAAAACCUUCUCCAGCUGCAGAGUUCUCUCAUUCAGCCCAGCAAACUCACAAAGUACCAGAGUGCAUGCUAACUGCACUUUCAGUAAUGACUCUGAUCCUCAGGAAGUUAACAGAGUUGGAGUGUAUCGUGUAUUCAGUGACAAGACAAAUGGCAUCACCUCCUUACAACCAUAUAUGUUGGACAGUAACAGCCUCUACGUGAAUGGUUACCAUGAGCCAGCAGCUUUAACCACAACACCGCCAAUGCAGACCACAACUCCAAAUUUGCAAACAAAUCUCGAAUUUAAUGUGACCUUCAUUGCAACUAACUUGGCUCCAGCAGCAGAGUUACAAGAUCCCAAUUCAGCAUUGUUCAAGUCUGCAGCAAGUAUUGUUACUUUACAGCUAAGCCAACUGUUUAGCAGCAGCAAGAUCAACAAAACCUUCUCCAGCUGCAGAGUUCUCUCAUUCAGCCCAGCAAACUUACAAAGUACCAGAGUGCAUGCUAACUGCACUUUCAGUAAUGACUCUGAUCCUCAGGAAGUUAACAGAGUUGGAGUGUAUCGUGUAUUCAGUGACAAGACAAAUGGCAUCACCUCCUUACAACCAUAUAUGUUGGACAGUAACAGCCUCUACGUGAAUGGUUACCAUGAAACCACACCUUCAACCACAACGCCUCCGAUACUGACAACGUCUCCAAAUCUGCAAACAAAUAACUUUGAUUUUAAUGUGACCUUCAUUGCAACUAACUUGGCCUCAACAGCUAGUUUACUAGAUCCUACCUCAGCAUUGUUCAAAUCUGCAGAAAGUAUUAUUAAUUUCCAGCUGAACCAACUGUUUAGCAGAAGUAAUAUCAAAAAAACCUUCUCCAGCUGCAGAGUUCUCUCAUUCAGCCCUGAAAAUAUACAGGACACCAGAGUGUUUGCAAACUGCACUUUCACAAAUGAAACAGAUCCUCUGGAGGUUAAUAGGGUUAGAGUGUACCGUGUGUUCAGAGACAACACGAAGGAUAUCACCGUCUUCGGAGUGUAUUUAUUGGAUCCCAAUAGCCUCUUCGUGAAUGAUUACAACGAAGCAACAUCAAUACCAUCAACCACAGUGCGACCAACUCCGGCAACUAAUCCCUUUGAGUUUAAUGUGACCUUUGUUAUAACUAACUUGGCAUCAACAGCAAAUUUACAAGAUCCCAAUUCUCCGUUAUACACAUCUGCAGUAAAGAUUGUUGAUUUCCAGCUGGACAACUUGUUUCGCAAGAGCAAUAUCAAAAAUUCAUUCUCAAGCUGUAAAGUUAUUUCUCUCGGUAUUGCAAAUAUACAGGACACCAGAGUGCAUGCAAACUGCACUUUCAGAAAUGACUCUGAUCCUCAGCAAGUUAACCGGGUUACUGUGUACCACGUGUUCAGAAACAGCACAAAGGAAAUCACCAUGUUUGGAGUGUAUAGACUCGACAGGAACAGCCUCUAUGUGAAUGAUUUCCACAUAGAAUCAUCAUCAAUACCAUCAACCACACUGCCUCCUCCUAAGGCGUCAAAUCCCUUUGAUUUUAAUGUGACCUUUGUUAUAACUAACUUGGCAUCAACAGCAAAUUUACAAGAUUCCAAUUCACCAUUGCACAAAUCUGCAGCAAGUAUUAUUGUUUUCCAGCUGGAAGAAUUGUUUCGCAAAAGCAAUAUCAAAAAUUCAUUUUCAAGCUGUAGACAUAUUUCUUUCAGCACUGCAAAUAUACAGGACACCAGAGUGCAAGCAAACUGCACUUUCAAGAAUGACUCUGAUCCUCAGGAAGUUAACAAGGUUACUGUGUACCAUGAACUCAGAGACAAUACGGAUGGCAUCUCCAAGUUAGGAGCAUAUAAACUCGACAGCAACAGCCUCUACGUGAAUGAUUAUCAUGAAUCAGCACCUUCACCCACAGUGGCACCAAUUCCGAUCAAAAACCCCUUUGACUUUAACGUGACCUUCACUAUUACCAACUUGGCCUCAACAGAAAGUUUGCGAGAUCCCAAUUCACCAUUGUACAAAUCUGCAGCAAGUAUUGUUGCUUUGCAGCUGGACACAUUGUUUAACAGAAGCAAUGUCAAAAAAUCAUUCUCCAGCUGCAAAGUUCUCUCCCUCAGCCCAGAAAAUAUACAGGACACCAGAGUGUAUGCCAACUGCACUUUCAGAAAUGACUCUGAUCCUCAGAAAGUUAACAAGGUUAAUGUGUACCGUGUGAUCAGUCGCAAGACGGGCAGCAUCUCCACCUUAGGGACUUAUUUACUGGACAGUAACAGCCUCUUCGUGAAUGAUUACCAUGAAACCACUUCUAUGACCACAAUGGCACCCAUUCCGAAAAUAAACCCCUUUGAUUUUAAUGUGACCUUCACUAUAACUAACUUGGCCGCAACAACAAGUUUACAAGAUCCCAAUUCACCGUUGUACAAAUCUGCAGCAAGUAUUGUUGAUUUCCAGCUGAACGAACUGUUUGCUGCCAGUAAGCUCAAGACAUUCUCCAGCUGCAAAGUUCUCUCAUUCAGCCCAGAAAAUAUACAGGACACCAAAGUGUAUGCCAACUGCACUUUCAGAAAUGAUUCUGAUCCUCAGGAAGUUAACAGAAUUAAUGUGUACCGUGUGUUCAGUGGCAAGACGAGCACCAUCUCCAAAUUAGGGGCUUAUUUACUGGACAGAAACCGCCUCUUUGUGAAUGGUUACAAUGAACCCACAGCCUCAACCACACCUCCUCCAGCUCAGCCCACACAGCCCUUUGAUUUUAAUGUGACUUUUGUUAUAACUAACUUGCCCCCAACCAGAACUCUACUAAAUCCCAAUUCAGCAUUGCACAAAUCUGCAGCAAUGAUUGUUGCUUUGCAGCUGGACAGACUGUUUAAAAGCAGUAAAAUCAAAAAAUCAUUCACAAGCUGCACAGUACUCUCUUUCAGUUCAGCAAAUGUCCAGGAUUCCAGGGUGCAUGCAAACUGCACAUUCAGAAAUGAUUCUGAUCCUCUGGAAGUUAACAAGGUUACUGCAUACGGUGUGUUCAAAGAAAAGACGAAAGGCAUCACAUCUUUGAAAACAUAUUCAUUGGACAGUAGCAGUCUCUACGUGAAUGGUUACACUGAAGGAUCUGUACCAGACACUCAACCGAAUGGCGGAUCAGGGCGCUUGAAUUUUAAUGUCACAUUUACUAUAACAAAUUUUAUUACUCCAAACAACAUUAUCCAAUUGCUUGACACCUUGUAUCGCCAAAGCAAUCUAGCAGGAGCAUUCUCAAACUGUCACAGCCCAGAUUUCGGUCGCAGAGGCACAGGCGCUAGAAUUGAAGUCAUUUGUUCUUUCAAAAAUGAUCCAACUAUUGAUAAAGUUGAUGUCUACAAUGAAUUCAGGGAUAACACUGGGAAAAUCACUGAACUGGGACAAUUUUCAUUGAACGAAACUAGCCUCUAUGUAAAUGGUUAUCAAGAAGUGAAGCCAACUGCAGAAACAACUGCACCUGGACUUGCAGGCAGAGAAAAUGACUUGAAAUUUGGCCUUACUUUCACAAUAAUAAACAGAGAUUUUACUGCUGCACUUAAUGAUCAAAAUUCUCCUGAAUAUAAAAGCCUAGUUGCCGAACUUACUGCAAUGCUCACAGCAUUAUACCAAAACAGCUCGCUUAAGGACAAUUACCGCAUCUGUAAUGUUACAGGACUGAGAAUUGGAUCAAUUAUAUGCACUUGCCAGUGCUUCUUUGACCCAACUGCUACUAAUGAGUUAGUGACAGCAGACAAAGUGAAAACAGAAUUUGCCACUGGAACAAAUGGAACAGCCCUCCUCGGAAAUACCUUCCUGCUGAAAAUGGACAGUUUGUCAGUAGAGGCUGUAGGGUCUGUCCCUCCUGCUAACACAGAAAUACCAUUUUGGGGAAUCAUAAUUAUCGUGGUGGGCAUACUGGCCAUUCUAUUUCUCAUUUCUCUCGGCAGCUUGUGGGCACUGUUUUAUUUGAAAAAGAAGAAACAUGGAUCCUAUGACACAAUGCAAAAUCGUGCUGGAUUAUACUUUACACAUCAGAGAUUCCAAUAAGAAACAUUAAAGAUAAAUAACAACCAAGUCAAUAAUAGUGGAAUUUAAGCGGAAGAAAGCACACCAGUGUGAUUACAGUUAUAUUUAAUUAAAUUAAAACUUGAAAAUUGUGAAUGUAAAAUGAAUGCAAUGCAGUAGAACAUAUUCUCUGAGUUAUGUAGAUGUGAAGAAGGGCUUGUCUGUAAAAUCAAAUGAUUGAGAUGUUGUUGUAAUGUAAAGUGGCAGGCUUUCCUGCAUGAUUUGGACUUGCAGUGUACUUUGAAAGGUGCAUACAUCAGAAGACCUGACUACUACAGACAAUGAAGGCAACAUUCCUGGACGGACAUAUUUUGUCAAAAGGUUCCUCACACUUCUGACAAAUCAAGCAUGGACAUUAUAACUGUGACUGUGACGAGCCCCUUGAAACCUGGCCAAGAAGGGGAAUAGCUCUCAAGACAGGGUAAUACCCUUCUAAGUGACAAAAGUACAGACUGCAAGUGGGGCUCAGAGCAAAGAUGCAUGCAUUUUGCCACAGUGGCAAUUAAAGUAUUUAACUAAGCAUUAUUUUUAGAUUCCUCUGAAGCUAUGAUUGCCCCUCAAAUAUUCUGUAACGUAUCAAUAUAUUUUAUAAUUCAGAUUUGUCUGAAAUUGGCAAUUCAUUUUGUGCUGCUGAUUGAUUGACUGUUUUAGCUACCUGUAUAACAGAGAAGUAUCAAUUUUACUUAUCACUAAUUGUUCAGUUCUCUUUCUCCUUAAGAUCUAUUCAAACAAAAGAUUAUAAUUAAAAAUUGCCUACAUUUUGUGAGGAUAAAACUCUCCUUUCUGUAUUUUAUAGAAGGGAUGAAUACAUUCCACUUCAUGACAGAAUGCUCAGGCAAAGAUUAAGUCAAGUGAAAUGCAAUGAUAAAUUAUAAACAGAUUAAAGUUUGUAAGUUUUGAGUGUUUCUCCAAGUGCAUUAUUUGCACUCAUGUUUCAUUUACAGUCAGACAUUUUGGAUAGAAAUUUGAAAUCUGUUUUAACUCCGUUUCUGAAAAAAAAAAUCAAUGGAUACAAAUUUUCAAAGCACUGUACAACAUGUAUUCUCCAGUUUAUUGCAUAAAAGCGGGUAUAGAUUUCUCCAUAUUGUCUCAAAUUGUAAUGAGCUAUAAUCUAUUUUAACAAAUCUUUUGGAAAUGCACUUUGAUCGUAAUAUUAUUGUUGUGUUUAUGAUAGAAACAUUAUAUAUUUCUAAAAGUAAGCUAUUUUGAAAUUUAGAUACGAGUAUUUAUCAAAAUAUUAUUUUUCUGGGCCUAUUUUUCUUGUCAUAUAAUAAAUAGCAAGAAUAAAGUAAA